AUGAGGACCAUGCUUGUCCCCAUUCGGCGCCCCCUGGUGUCCCUCCCAUUUCUCCUGCCUUCCUGGAGCGAAACCGGCACAGUGGUAGGGAGACGCUAUCAGUCUUCCUAUCAACGCACAAAACGACGUCUACGCAUCAAACCAGACGCCUCUUUCCGACCCUCCGAUGAACCGCAUGACCAAAUCAUCUUCAAUCCCCCCUCCAGCGCUCCAACCGUAUUCCACACUCCAAGCAAAUUCCUGCCCGAGGGUGAUGUGCGGAAGACUCUAACCACUCCCUUACUUUCCAACGACAUAACACCCGAAAACCUCGCUUCAGCAACAACGAAAUCGCAAGAAAAGAAAUACCAUCUGACGAAAGAGGAUGUCAUGGAGAUCCAGAAACUGCGAGUGCAGGACCCAGUCACGUGGAGUAAAUGGAAGCUUGCGAGGCGUUUCGAGUGCUCGCCCAAUUUUAUUCAUAUGGUCUGUCAGGGUAUUCCGCAGAAGUAUGAGCUCCAGAAGAAGGUGCUUGAGGCUGUGACGUCGAGAUGGGGUGCCAAGCGGCGCAUGGCAAGGGAAGACCGACAGCUAAGAAAGGAAGCCUGGGCCAGGGAUGAAUGA